GGAUUAGCUAUACCCACCCAAAAUGCAAGAAAAAACAUCAGGUUCCAUUCACCAUUGCAUUGUCUCAAAUUUUAAGUGGGUUAUAUGUUGGACAUUAUUUUUCAAAGUAGGGUAUGUGCAUUUUCUUCCAUUUAUCUUCCUAAUCCUUGAAAACAAUUCCAUGUGAUCCCAUGUCACUCACUGGGCCAUAUCACAGCUCAUUGAUUAAUUGGUUUGUAUAUGCUAGCAACUAUAUAUACACUAUUUCAUUGGACUCUCAAGCAACACAAAUCUUUUACAUCCUAAAUUAUCAUAAUUCAAAUUUUCUUUUCCCAACCAAUCCUCUAACCAUUAAAAAGACCAUGGGUUUCCGCAUAGCAAAGCUUAUUAGAAUGCCAUCAUUUUCCAAAACACAAGAAUCUACCAAGGGACUUGAAGUCCCAAAAGGCUAUCUCGCAGUCUAUGUUGGAGAUAGAAUGAGACGGUUCGUGAUUCCAGUAUCAUACUUGAACCAACCAUCGUUUCAAGAAUUACUAAAUCAAGCAGAAGAAGAAUUUGGAUAUGAUCAUCCUAUGGGUGGUCUCACAAUUCCUUGCAGCGAGGAUGAAUUCCAAAACCUCACAUCUCGUUUGAGUGAACUGUAAAUCAAGCUAAUGGAGAUUAAGAUAGAUUAGAUUAGGCUAAUUUGCACGGAAGGCAGUUUUAUUUUUUUCUGUUACAAAUAUUUUUUCAUUUUGUUUCUUCAUGUAUCAAUCAUUCCUACAGAAACAAAAUGUUCCCUUAAUGAGAAAGUUAUGACAACAUAUUGUUAAAUCAUUUUUACCUUUA